UAAAACAAUUCAAGCUCAAUUUUUUUAAAGUAUUAUUAGAUCAGAGUCUGUGUAUAACUGACCUAGUCCAAGGCGAGCUGGUCACGCGCUACAAAUCUAUUCUGUGCAUCCACAUCUCUCAUCCACUCCACGCUGAGGCUGUGAACUGGGAUUCGUUGAACUUGCCGGCGUAAUCUCGAGUCGCCGCGCCGAUAACCUCCGCCUCCGCUGCAACGGCGGCAGCUGAUCGUUGACUCCGCCGGCGGAUGUUUUCGUAGCUAGUUCAGUUUGUGCAUUGUCCGCAGUUAGAUGGGUUUUCCGUACAGGAUUUUACUAAGCCUUUUGCUGCUCAGCAGCCAGGCCUUAGCUGAUCUCGCCAGCGAUGCCCAAAUGCUGGAGAAGUGCCUGCGGGAGCUGAGCACUAAGGAUACCAUUUCCGGCGACCUGCAGAAGCUGGAAAGGUAUCACUUGUGGACGAGCGAGGAGCUGCCCUGUCUGAUGCGGUGCUUGGCCAGUGAAAAGAGCUGGUUCGACAUCGAGGCAAACCAGUGGAAGCUUAAGCGGAUCGCCGAGGACCUGGGACCCGACGUCUACAAUUAUUGCCGCUUUGAAUUGCGGCGCCAGGCCAGUGAUGGCUGCACCUUUGCCUACCGUGGAUUUCGGUGUCUCAAGCAGGCGGAGCUCCAUGCCGGCACCAGCCUAAGCACCCUGCUUCUGUGUGGCCGCCAACUAAACGCCACCAAUGUGGAGCUGCUGCAGUACAGCAAGCUUAAGUCCGAGGAGCCGAUUCCGUGCCUCUUUCAGUGCUUCGCCGACGCCAUGGGUUUGUACAAUCUGACGACUGGAGACUGGAGACUGUCCAACUGGCAGCAGGCCUUUGGGCCAACGCGAAACGGUGACCAGCCCAAUGCUCCGGGCUUCAGUGGCUGCCGGCUAAGUCAGACGCAGCGCGAGCAGGCGGCCAACAAGUGUGCAUGGAUGUACCAGGAGUACAAGUGCUGGGAGCGAAUCAACGGUCAUGAUCUAGUGCCACAAGGCCAGGAUGCUUCCUGAUCUGUAUUAAUUAUUAGACGUCACUAAGCCAUAUCUAGAAGAUAAAAUAUCCUGAAACACAGAAGUGAUUACUCUA